AUGAGUAUUCCUAGUCGUGACGCCGCCUGCCUAGCGGCAAUUAUCGAUUCUGUUCUGUUGGCGGUGCGGGAGGAGCCGGUGGCGGAGGGGCGUGUUGUCGACCUGCUUCUGCUGAUUCCACAGGUGCUGCGUGCCGACCCCGCGGCCCUGCGCAUCGCGUACCUCUUCACCAUAUGUCGCCCGCUCGCCACCGUGACGCGCCUGCUCCAUCCGUCGCUGCAGAGCAGCCGCAUCAACGCCGCGGCGAUGCAGACGCUGCUGGAGGUCCUCACCUGGUGUUUGGAGCUGCAUGACUUCGCAGAUGCCAUCGGCCCUGCCCUCACGGCGGAUCUUGUAGAGGCGAAUGCCCUGUACGCCGUCCUCGACGCGCUCCUCAAUGGCGGAAAUGAUGCUCUCAGGGCGGAUGCGGCAGAGUUGCUCUUGGUGCUCGUGGCCCGGGUCCCGCCGCUCGGGCAUGCGCUUGGCGGCGUAGCGGACGCUCUUUGGCGCAUCAGUGCGAUUGUCCUCUGCCCUGACGCUGCUCCUUCGAUGUGCGGCGAAUAUUUGGCAGGCGUGCUGCGUGUCGUCGCUGGUAUGGAUGCGGCGGUGCUGCCAACUGCGUUUGUGCGCGACGGGCUGGCGUUCCUCGCCGCCCGCUGCGAGGAGCCGAGCCGCGUGGUUGUGCUUGUGGCGGAGUGCGUGGAGAUCGCGACGACGCACCGUCCUGUGCAGUACUUGCAGCAAGUGGGAGCGGGGGAGAUUGUGCCGUUGCACAGCGUCGUUGCCGCCGUGCGGGGCGCGGAGAAGCGGCAGCGCAAUGGCUUGUUAAGUCUCCUCGCCGCGCUGCUACAGGUGGAGGGUGCCGCGCGUGUGGCCGAUGUUGACUGUGAGACGGCGGCGUACAGCGCGGUGCUGCACGACAAGAAGUUAUGGACCUCGCAGGAGGCCCUUGUGGACGGCCUCGACGUCGUCCUGUGUGCUGUGGGGUGCGUCGUGACGGAGGCUGUCCACGUUCAUGUGGCCUCUGCGUUUGUGCGCGCCUUUCCUUUGCUCUGCCGUAUCAUCUUGGAGGGUGUACAGGAGGCUCGCGAGCGAGCCGCACUUGUGGUUGGCCUCGUUCUGGUGAAGAACCCGCAGGUCCGCGCUACGGUGCUGGACUUGACGCGCAACUAUGUGGAGUGGUCGAUGGACUUGCUGCGGUGCACCACCCGCAGUUUUGCCGACGCCGGCCUGGCGGGUUUGGCAAUUAUCGACGCGACAUGCGCAGUACUUAAUGACCCGGUGCUGCUGCCGCAGGGGGACGGCGCAGAUCUUGGCAAGUGGGCCGACUCGGUGCUGACGCUGCAGGAGACACGGGUACCGUACAACGGGCUUCAGCACGGCGUUGACGAGGCCCUCGAGCGCGUUCGGGCUGCUGCUACGGCUCCGCACAACACACUUUUUGUCGCCUGUUCUAAGGCCCUUCUUGCAAAGGCGUGCGAAAAGAGUCUUGUGGACCCCACUGCCACUGCUGCUGAUGCUGAUGCUGCUGCUAACACGAAAGGCGGCACGGGCUACGAUCAGUGGCUGUCGCGCCACAACAGGGUCCCGCGGCGACAGUUGGCCCGGAGUCCCUCAGCACGCGGCCGGGCAGGCGCAGGCCCUGCACAAAAGCGCCGCACGGCGUCGGAGUCGAAGAGCCGCAGUGACGGCGCUCUCAGCAUGACGGUGCUCUGCCACCUGCCGCUCGUGUUCGGCACGUACUACAACAGAGCGCAACGAGGCUCGUCGAGGCGGCAGCUCCAUGGCCCCAAUGGUGUCGUGACGCAGAAGUUGCACCGUAGCUUGCAGAGCACAUGGAACAUGGCCGAUGUGCUUUCUGGCGAGCUCUAUUCCUUCUUCCUGCCCUUUUGUGAACUGACGCUGGAACGCGUCGAGGGCGAGGCGCUGGCGGUGGAGAGGCUGACGCGGGACCUGUCGCGCAAACUCGUCACGACGCCCACGGCGCAGCGAGGAAGGCGGUGGUUUCUGACGGAUAUGGUCAACAACAUCCUUCCAAAGACGGAGCUGCUCAUACGUGACCUUGCGGACAUGCUGCAGCGUCACGGGCAUGACAGCGUUGUCUACCAACUUGGGCUGAUACGUCUGCUGGAUUCCAACUCACCAGGUGAUGAUGAUAGUGGCGGUGGUGGCGGGACUGGUGCUGCUGCUACUGCCGUUGUUGUUGUUGCUGGGACGCGAGUUCCGCGUGAGAUAACGGUGCUCUCGCAUUCGGUCUUCAGGGAUGUGGUGCACUCCGGCAACUUGAUGUACUGCAUAUCACGACUGCGCCAGCGAUUCAGUGGAAAUAUGUGA